AUUUAUUAUGAGUUUUUUUGGAACUAAAAAAGCCCAAGCUCCUUAAGCAGCUGAAAAAAAUUUACAAUCUAUGAGCAAAGAAGAAUUAAGAGAUAAAUAAAGAUCAAUGAAUAAAGAAUUAUAAAGAGAGAUGAGAGAAAUUGAAAGGUACUAAAUUAAUUUACUUUUUAAAGACAGAAUUUUUAAAUUGAUUAGGCAAGGAAAAAAGCAGAAGAUUAGCUUCAAAAAGAAAUAAAGAAAGGUGACAAAGCUGAUAAAUUUAUUAAAUAGACUUAUGCAAAAUAAGUUAUUUAGUGUUAAAAACAAAAAGAAAGGAAUGCUCUAAAUAAAGGAAAGAUACAAAAUGUUAUGUAUGGCAUAGAUAAUAUGUUUGCUAACAUUAAAAUGGCUUAAGCUAUGGGAACUAUUUCAAGUGUUAUGAAACAUAUUAAUCAGUUAAUGAACGUAAAGGAGAUAUAAGCAACUAUGUAAGAGCUAUAAAAAGACAUGAUGAAAAUGGGAAUUGUUCAAGAAUAAAUGGAUGACGCUAUGGAAAAUAUGAAUGAUGAUGUAGAUUUGGGAGAUAUGUAAUAAUAAGUAUUCUAUUACAUUAUAUAAGGCUGAUGAUUUAAUCUAUUAAAUGGAAGCUUAAUAAGCAGGACCAAAUAAGCAACUUCCUUAACAAUAAAAGAUCUAGCAAUAAUAAGGUAAUCAAGAUUUGGAUGAUUUUGAAAAAAAAUUAUAGUAAUUGUGA